UAACUUAUAACUUUUAAGUUAUAACACUGGUUUUAAAAUGGCUAUAAUAUAAAGUAAAACUUAUAGCAAGGAUGACCCAGCCAACGAUGUUCGAGGCGACGGCAAUGGCGACUGAACACGACGGCGACGACGAUUGAGCGCGAAACCGAUAACGAAUUAGGCGACAACGAUGGCUACCACGUUGUUGACGGCGAGCGCGAGACACUACGUGAGAGAGUGUGAAUCGCAAGACUCAAACCCUAAUCUGAUGUGGGAGGAAGAUGAGAGAGGGUGAUGCACGAGAAGAAGGGGCUUAAACACAAGGGAGCCCUAAUCUAGUUCGUCCUCUCCAUAUGACUUCGUUUUCAUUAAAAAAAUUUGUCCAUCGUAACUCGCAAAAACGCGUCUAAACUCGCGAGUUCAUACGAUUCUGUCGAUUCUGCGACCGAGUCUACUUAUUUCAAACUGUGAGGCUUCCUGAUUGUUUGUUUCGAAAUUUCUGAAACUCAUCCGGAUGCAUUCCGUAUUAUAUCGUGCUAUUAUUGUUGGUGAUUCCCGUUGCAUAUGUUAUGCAUAUAGGCAUUUGUGUUCUUCUCUAGGAACUAGAUAUUUUUCUCAUAAAGAACAAAGUCAAGAAGAGCUUAUCAGGUACCUGGAUAUUCUCACCGUGAAACUUGGCAAAGGAAGCAGUGAGGAAGAAGCUCUUCACACCCUCUUGAAUGAUGAAACUUGUGAUGCCAUACCUCUCUCCCAAAACCUUGUUCACCUGUUGCUCCAGCGAUACAAGGAUGAUUGGCAAUCUGCGCUGGGUGUAUUUAGAUGGGCUGGUUCACAGUCGAGCUUUAGACAUUCGCCGGAGUCAUACGAUAUGAUGGUCGAUAUAUUGGGUAGAAUGAAGGUUAUGCAAAAGUUGAGGGAUUUGUUAGAUGAAAUGCGUAAGAGUGGUCUGGUCACUAUGAAUACUGUGGCUAAGGUAAUGAGACGGUUUGUUGGGGCAGGGCAAUGGGUAGAUGCAGUUAAGAUAUUUGACGAUUUGCAAGCUCUUGGGUUGGAGAAGAACAUAGAUUCCAUGAACUUGUUGCUUGAUACCCUGUGCAAAGAGAAAUUUGUGGAGCAAGCUCGUGAAAUUUUCCUGGAGCUGAAGCAGCACAUUGCUCCUAAUGCUCACACCUUCAACAUAUUCAUUCAUGGAUGGUGCAAAAUCUGCCGUGUGGACGAGGCACACUGGACAAUUGAAGAGAUGAAAGGAUACGGUUGUCGCCCUUGUGUUAUAAGUUAUUCCACAAUCAUUCGGUGUUACUGUCAAGAAGGGAAUUUCAUCAAGGUGUAUGAGCUUCUUGAUGAAAUGCAGGCUCAAGGGUGCCCUGCUAAUGUGAUAACUUAUACUACUAUCAUGAGUGCAUUGGCAAAGGCUGAAAAGUUUGAGGAAGCUUUGAAAGUACCUGAGAGAAUGAGGUCUUCUGGAUGUAGGGCUGAUACACUUUUCUUCAACUCUUUCUUAUAUACAUUGGGGAGAGCAGGUAGAUUAGAUGACGCUGCCUAUGUAUUCAACGUGGAAAUGCCCAAGGCUGGUGUUUCUCCAAAUACAUCCACCUAUAAUUCAUUGAUUUCUAUGUUUUGUUAUCAUGCUCAAGAAAAGAGAGCUUUUGAAAUACUGAAGGAGAUGGAAAAUUCAGACUAUUGUAAGCCUGAUGCUCAGACUUAUCACCCAUUGAUCAAGUCUUGCUUUAGAAGUGGAAAAAUAGAUGGUGUGUUGAAUGAUAUAUUAAAUGACAUGAUUAAGAAAUAUCAUCUCAGUCUUGAUCUUUCAACUUAUACGCUGCUAAUUCAUGGGCUUUGUAGAGGAGAUAGAUGCAAUUGGGCGUUCUCUCUGUUUGAGGAGAUGAUUGAUCAAGAUAUAAUUCCUAGAUUCAGAACUUGCCAAUUGCUGUUGGAUGAAGUCAAGCAGAAAAAUAUGUUUCAAGCUGCUGAGAAAAUUGAGGAUCUUAUGAAAAAACUGAGUUUCGCAGCUGUUGGAGUAGAUCCUGCAGUCAUGGGUGUCGGCCCAGCAGCUGCCAUCCCAGCCGCUGUGAAAUCUGCUGGUCUUGAACUUGGCAACAUUGACUUAUAUGAAAUCAAUGAGGCCUUUGCAUCACAGUAUGUUUAUUGCUGCAAGAAAUUGGGACUUGAUCCCAGAAAGGUCAAUGUUAAUGGUGGUGCCAUUGCUCUUGGACAUCCUUUGGGCGCCACAGGUGCACGAUGUGUUGCAACUUUGUUGAAUGAGAUGAAACGCCGUGGCAGGGAUUGUCGCUAUGGUGUAAUCUCCAUGUGCAUAGGUUCUGGUAUGGGAGCUGCUGCUGUAUUUGAAAGGGGAGACUAUUGAAGAUUUGUGCAAGUUUGUAUGGUUAGAAUAAAUAAAGAUCUUUGUUGUUGAA